AGCAGCCGCCGCCCGCCCGCCCGCCUCCGCCUGCGGGCAGCCCGGGAGCGCCACCGCCACCGCCCGGCCCAGGCCCAGGCCCUGUCCCAGGCCCUGCGCAGAGCGGAGCGGAGCGGCGUCCACCCGGGCCCAGCAAGCCGGCGCGGCGGGGGCGGACCCAGGAUCUUCGGCGUAUCUUCCAUUCUCCUGGGCGGGAGCGGGAGAGGGAGCGGGAGCCCCUGCGCCCCUGAUCGGGCUGGGCACGCUCGCAUGGCGAGAGCGGCCUGCCCGGGUCCCGGGGACCCUGCCAUGUGAGGCAGGCCCCAGGCUGGGGGCCCGGCCAUGGCCGGGGAACGGCCCCCACUACGGGGCCCAGGGCCCGGGCCCGGAGAGGCGCCGGGGGAGGGGCCUCCGGGGCCCGGGGGCGCGGGCGGAGGCCCGGGCCGGGGCCGCCCCUCCUCCUACCGGGCUCUUCGCAGCGCCGUGUCCAGCCUGGCGCGCGUGGACGAUUUCCACUGCGCCGAGAAGAUCGGGGCCGGCUUCUUCUCUGAGGUCUACAAGGUUCGGCACCGACAGUCAGGGCAAGUCAUGGUGCUGAAAAUGAACAGGCUCCCCAGUAACCGGGGAAACACGCUGCGGGAGGUGCAGCUGAUGAACCGGCUCCGGCACCCCAACAUUCUAAGGUUCAUGGGGGUCUGUGUGCACCAAGGGCAGCUGCAUGCUCUUACAGAGUAUAUGAAUGGGGGGACCCUGGAACAGCUGCUCAGCUCCCCUGAACCCCUAUCCUGGCCUGUCAGGCUCCACCUGGCUUUGGACAUCGCCAGCGGCCUGCGGUACCUGCAUGCCAAAGGUGUAUUCCACCGAGACCUCACAUCCAAGAACUGUCUGAUCCGGCGGGAAGACCGAGGCUUCACAGCUGUUGUGGGCGACUUUGGGCUGGCUGAAAAGAUUCCUGUGUAUAGGGAAGGGGCAAGGAAGGAGCCGUUGGCUGUGGUGGGUUCCCCAUACUGGAUGGCUCCAGAGGUGUUGCGGGGUGAGCUGUAUGAUGAGAAGGCCGACGUCUUUGCCUUUGGGAUUGUCCUCUGUGAGCUCAUCGCACGAGUACCUGCGGACCCUGACUACCUACCCCGUACUGAGGACUUUGGCCUGGAUGUGCCUGCUUUCCGAACCCUGGUAGGGGAUGACUGCCCACUGCCCUUCCUGCUCCUGGCCAUCCACUGCUGCAGUAUGGAACCUAGCACUCGUGCUCCCUUCACUGAAAUCACCCAGCACCUGGAAUGGAUCCUGGAGCAGCUGCCUGAGCCAGCCCCCCUCCUCAGGGCUCCCCUGGCACACAGUCAGGGGUCUGUUCCAAGAGGGGGUCCCUCUGCCACACUUCCCAGGCCAGACCCCCGGCUCUCCCGAAGCCGGUCAGACCUCUUCCUGCCCCCAUCGCCAGAAUCGCCCCCCAACUUGGGGGACAAUCUGACUCGAGUCAACCCCUUUUCACUACGGGAAGACCUCAGAGGUGGCAAGAUCAAGCUCCUGGACACACCCAGCAAGCCAGUCCCCCCCCUACCCCUUGUACCACCAUCACCACUGCCCUCCACCCAGCUGCCCUUGGUGACCACUCCAGAGACCUUGGUCCAGCCUGGGACACCUGCCCGCCGCUGCCGCUCACUACCAUCAUCCCCUGAACUUCCCCGACGUAUGGAGACAGCACUGCCAGGUCCUGGCCCUCCUGCUGUGGGCCCCUCGGCUGAAGAGAGGAUGGAGUGUGAGGGCAGUAGCCCUGAGCCAGAACCCCCGGGACCAGCUCCCCAGCUGCCCCUGGCCGUGGCCACAGACAACUUCAUCAGCACUUGUUCCUCAGCCUCCCAGCCCUGGUCCCCUAGAUCAGGAGCCCCCCUUAACAACAACCCCCCAGCCGUGGUGGUGAACUCCCCACAAGGCUGGGCUGGGGAGCCCUGGAACCGGGCCCAGCAUAGCCUUCCCCGUGCAGCAGCCCUGGAGCGGACAGAACCCUCGCCGCCCCCGUCAGCCCCCCGGGAGUCCGAGGAGGGGCUGCCCUGCCCUGGCUGCUGCCUCGGCCCCUUCAGCUUUGGCUUCCUGUCCAUGUGCCCCCGCCCCACACCAGCUGUGGCCCGCUACCGCAACCUGAACUGCGAGGCGGGCAGUCUCCUCUGCCACCGGGGGCACCAUGCCAAGCCACCCACAACCAGCCUGCAGCUGCCUGGGGCACGCUCUUAGCAGUGGGGCCUGUGGUCUCCGGCCUCCACCCUUGGCCUUCAGGAUGCCCUGUGAGGACAGAGCGCACAUGCUGGACUGUGCCAGCCCUGGAUGGGCUGAGCAGCUCUUCUCCCUGUAGAGGGGAACCUCGGCAUGGACGUGAGGAACAGAACAUUUCCUUUGCAUCCCCUGAGCUUGCUCUCCCGUGGGGAUCACUGAACCAGACAAAGCGUUGCUGACACACGAGACUAACACGUGCAAAUUAUUUAAAAAUAUUUCAAUAAAACUGCCUGGCUGGCUCCGGGCUGCCCCUA